CGAGCCGCUGACGACUGGAAGCAGAUGAGUCAUACUGAACAGGAGCAUUGGAAAACGGAGAGCAAACGUAGGGCUGAGGAACAGAGCUCUCCACAUUCUUCCCAUCAUAUCCAUCAUCAUGGUCCCCGCCAAAAACAACGAGUAAUGUCACAGCUUGAGAAGGAGCUGAUAGAACGUGCUAAAGAACGAGGUGUUGACCGUGCUACUGCACGUCAAACUCUCACCGACAAACUUUUGUGGAAGGAAAAGGACGAAGUUGCAACAAUUCGAAUGCUUCGAUGGGCAUUGAUUGUACUGAGCAAGGAUUCCGUUGGAGUAAUUCCAAAUGAGAUUUGCGCUGUAUUGAUGGAAAAAGCCACAAUUGUGGGAGAGCUACGCUUAAUUCGCCGUGGAUUUCAGCCAAAACCAUCAAGAAAUGCGCAAAAUGUUCGCAAUGUUGUCUGGGAUCCAAGCUUAUCCUCAGACGUCAACAUGGCUGCCGUGCAGCUUGUCAAAUUUGUUCAAGGCACCUGGAAUGGUUUGGUUAUGGUACGUUAG